AUCGCCGGAAACAAUCCUUAUCCACAACUCGCGUCGGGAAAUCCAAUGGAUGUUUCAGCAGCAUAUCAAAGGACGGCGCAAUCGAUCCACUUCAACGGCCCGAUUUCACGAUUUCUUGUUUCCCACUUGGCACGUCCAGAAAUCACAGGUACUUCAUCUUUUCCCGUAGAUUUUUAAUUUGCAAACUGAUUGCCUGUCUAUGAAGAAUAGAAGCCGUCAGAAUCAUCUUCAUCAAUGACAACAUUUUCUACUGACUUCCUCCCGCGAACCAUCCCGCAUAGAAUCCAGCCGAAGAAGCCUUCUUCCCAUUCAAAAUCAAACCCCUCCGCUCUUUUUACUUGCAAGAUCCCGCUUCUAAAUGGCGUUAGCAAUCGAAGGAACUGGGCAGAUGCCCGGGUUUCUUCUGAAACAAGGCCCAAACAUUCCCAAAAUUUUGACUUCAAGGACACCCACCUGAUGAAAGCUCUCAACAGGUCCUCGAAAGUAGGCAAAUAUAACGAUUCCCUGUACUUUCUCCAGCGAAUGGUCAAUAAGGGUUACAAACCCGAUGUCAUUCUUUGCACAAAACUCAUUAAAGGGUUCUUCAACAUUAGGAGAAUCGACAAAGCCAUUCGGGUCAUGGAAAUACUGGAAAAGUACGGUGAACCCGAUGUGUUCGCUUAUAAUGCAGUGAUUAGUGGGUUGUGCAAGGCUGACCGGAUUGACUCUGCCAACAAGGUGCUUGACAGAAUGAAAAGCAGAGGUUUUUCUCCUGAUGUAGUCACCUACAACAUAUUGAUUGGGAAUCUUUCAAGUAGGGGAAAGCUUGAACUGGCUUUGAAGGUUCUGGAUCAGCUAUUGAAAGACAAGUGCGAGCCCACCGUGAUUACUUACACAAUUUUGAUAGAAGCGACCAUUCUCGAGGGUGGUAUUGAUGAAGCCAUGAAGCUUUUGGAUGAGAUGUUAUCAAGGGGGCUGCAGCCUGACAUGUAUACGUACAAUGCAAUCAUCCGGGGCAUGUGCAGACAAGGGUUGUUAGAUCGAGCCUUUGAGUUCAUUUCGACUAUAAGUUCCAAGGCCUGUGCCCCGGAUGUGAUUUCGUACAAUAUCCUGUUGCGAGGACUUCUGAAUCAAGGAAAAUGGAAGGAGGGAGAGAAGUUGAUGGCUGAUAUGAUUCUAAGAGGGUGUGAACCAAACGUGGUGACUUACAGCAUUUUAAUCAGCUCACUUUGUCGUGAUGGGAAAGUCGAGGAGGCUGUAGAUGUGUUGAAGGCUAUGAAGGAAAAGGGGUUGACUCCUGAUUCUUAUAGCUAUGAUCCGUUGAUCUCUGCAUUCUGCAGAGAAGGUAGAGUUGAUUUGGCUAUAGAAUUUCUGGAGCUUAUGAUCUCCGAUGGCUGCUUGCCAGAUGUUGUGAAUUAUAACACAAUCUUGGCCUCUCUGUGCAAGAGUGGAAAAGCUGAUGAGGCUCUCAACAUCUUUGAGAAGCUUGAAGAGGUGGGUUGUCCUCCAAAUGUCAGUUCCUAUAACACAAUGUUUUGUGCACUAUGGAGUAGUGGGGACAAAAUUCGAGCGUUGGGGAUGAUUCUGGAGAUGGUAGACAACGGAAUAGAUCCCGACGGGAUUACAUAUAACUCACUUAUAUCGUGCUUGUGCCGAGAUGGAAUGGUGGAUGAGGCCAUCGGGUUGUUAGUGGACAUGGAAAGUAGCAAGCAUCAGCCGACGGUUAUCAGCUACAACAUUGUUCUUCUUGGGCUGUGCAAAGUACACAGAAUCGUUGAUGCCAUUGAGGUAUUAACUGCGAUGGUCGGGAAAGGAUGUCGGCCAAAUGAAACCACCUACACAUUAUUGAUUGAAGGGAUUGGUUUUGCUGGAUGGCGAAAUGACGCAAUGGAGUUGGCCAGUUCCCUUGUUAGUAUGGAUGCUAUUUCUGAAGAUUCAUUUAAACGUCUAAACAGAACCUUUCCCAUGCUUGACGUGUACAAAGAGCUCACCUUAUCGGAAAUUAAGAGCUAGGCUCCUGGACAUUAAUUGAUUUUGUCUGGUCUUCUCGCUGGGCUUUUAAUUUGAACACAGCUCUACGAGUUCUUCGGUCGAUGCUCAAUCGAUUACUCUGACGACUGCGGAACUCGAUUCUGUGCUCGAUGGGCUUUCAUCAUUGAAAAGGGGAAAAAAAAAAUUAGACAGAAUUCAAUAUGGAUUUCUUGUAGUGAAAGAAUUGAGGAAUUCAGAAAUUGAUGUUGGUGUGGUGUAAGUUCUCUUCAUUGUCCAGUACUGCAACUUCAGUGCGAGCUCCGUUAUUGGGAGGAUAGAAUGACGAUUAUACACUGCAUUAAGUUACGCCGAUGAAGAAUUGUACCAUGUUUGUAUUCCUGCAACAGGUUCUGAUCUAUGACUGAACCAUGUUAAGAUUGCUUUCACUCAUGAUUUCAAUAUUUUCCAUUACGCCGACGAAAUUGAUAAUUUAUCCAAUUCCCUGUCCAUUUUUUCAAAUUUUGGUUUAACAUCUUGCAUAUCUGCUGUGUACAGAUGUAUAAAUUUUGUAUGAUGUCAAAUCAUGUUAUUUGACUUAUGAUUAAUACUGUUUUGACCACUUAA